CCAUGAGUUUCUCACUUGUCUCUUCUCCCUGCUUCCGCUUCUCCCUCUUUUGUCAAACAGUUUAACUGAAUUCUCUGUUGAUCUCUCCACAAUUUGAGUUUUUUAAAAGAUGGGGAAUUCACUGGCGAUAAGCUUAAAACUCAUGUUUGCAGCGUUGGGUUUGGCCAUGGUUUUCACUCUCGUUUAUACCAUCUCCACUGACGGCCAUCCUUUUCGCAAAGAACUUCUUACCCCGUGGAUGGUGGCAACUUUGGUUGAUUUUUAUAUCAACGUCGUAGUCUUGGCGGCUUGGGUUUUGUACAAGGAAUCCAGUUGGAUCAGUGCAGUACUUUGGGUGAUUCUACUUGUGUGUUUAGGAAGCAUCACAACAUGUAUCUACAUUGUUGUGCAAUUAUUCAAGCUUUCACCGCAAGAAUCAGCACAAGAUCCCAUCUAUUAUGCCUUGUUGCGGCAUCCAAGCAAGAACAGUAAUGCGGAACAAAAGACGAAUCUUCCCCCUGUUAUUUUUGCUAGAAUUUCAUUUGGUGCUUUGGGGUGUUUGAUGUUUGGAACUUUGCUUUACACUAUGUUGACAGAUGGUUCUCCUUUUCGUAAUGAGCUUUGGACCCCGUGGAUGGUAGCAACACUGAUUGACUUCUAUAUCAAUGUUAUUGCUCUUUCAGUCUGGGUUGCUUAUAAAGAAUCGAGCUUAAUUGGUGCUGCGUUUUGGAUAAUUUUGCUGAUCUGUUUCGGAAGCAUUACGACAUGUGUCUACAUUGUACGGCAAUUAUUCCAGCUAACAUCUCAAGAUCCACUCUACCUUGUUUUUUUCAAAAUUGGUGACAGGGCAGAAAGAAGGUAUGAGAGACCUGUGUUUUGAGCUGAUUGGAAUUUCCAUCCAACAGUGCAGCAGAAUGCAUAAAGUUCAUAUUUUACAUUCUUCUGGCAGCUAAAAUCCAUUAUGGAUGGACAUUUUUGUAGCCAAUAACUGUGAUGUUUCAGAAGAAAAAGAAAAAAAAUAAAACUUUAUAGUAUUGGUGUCGUACAGGAAGGACUUGAAUUAUUGUUUAGGAAAUGCCAUGAAUAAAGAUGAUUUUUUGUCCUA